AUGCGGACUUCACCGGCCGUCAAACACAGUGCCGCUCGAUGCUCUCAGUCGCCGGCCCGCCGCAGAUCUAAGAUGCCACCUAAUCAGAGCCGCCGGCCACCGCGUCGCUCAAACGCCACCAGCCCGAAACCUUCGGCUGUCUCCGGCUAUGAGCGCGGUCAGCUGAACUCAGCCGCUGUCACCGGUUUGAGAAAUGAAGACCUCAGUCGGAGCGGGAGGAGGGCGCAGACCCUGGAGAGACCGAUGGAGGGGGAGGAUGUGGCCCUUGUAGAAGAGCUCGUCAGUGGGCCAAAGGUCGGCGGCUACAGAGAUUGA